GAAGAAUACCACUUCAAAACAAACAACUCAUCGUUGAUCUCUCAAAAAACCCUUCAUGGAUUCCCCUGCAAAAACUCUCACUACUAGCCGACCCCGAAAUCCGGCGAAGAAAUCUUCCACCUCUCGCCGGACACCUUCUUUUUCUUUAUCAUCUUCCUCUUCCAACGCUUCUCUCGGAUCUUACUUCAUCGACCACCACGACUCCUCACUGCUUUCUCCGGCAACUCCGCUCCGGUUCUCCGGCGUCCCCUUUUCUUGGGAGCAACUCCCCGGAAUUCCCAAGAACUCACACUCUCACAAUAAGAAGGAAUCCAUCAAGCUCCUCCCCUUGCCCCCUCCCGCUAUUAUAGCCUCCAAGAAGUACACUUUAAUGGAUUUCGGGUUGACCCGGAAGAAGUUUUACGGAAAUCAUAAUCGCUGUUUCCGGCUGGAUCCGUUCUUUGCGGCCUUCGUCGAGUGCUCCAAGGACGACGACGACGACGAGCAGUACGAGCAAGAACCCAGUAGCCACAUUUGGCGGGGAAAUGGCGGGGGCGGCGGCACAAAAGUUUCGAAAAGUAUCAGUGAUAGAUUCGGGUUGGUAAAUCUUCAAGCUUCUUGUAAAAGGUCCAUUGCAGUUUCAGAGUCACUAGUUUAUCUCCCCAGGUCUAGUAGAUCGUCUUAUGAUCUUGUUAAUCACCGUUAAUAAUCACCUUUUACUUUGAAGUAAUAAUGUUUAAUUAUCUGUUUUUUUUUUUUUUUUUUUUGUGUUUUUGAUCUUCUGGGCUUUUCUUAUUAGUAAAAACGAGAAGUUAA